AUGGCUCCCUCGACACGGUGGGACACCUACCCUCGCCACUCCACUUCAGGCACUCGGCAUCACGCAGCCGUGUUGACGGCGGAGCUGCAAGAUGACGCCGCCCAGUAUGAACGGUCGCUCUCCGCCGGCCCACUUCUUGGACGGUAUGAGCACCACGCCUCCUUUGCACAGCGUCUUCAGGAGAAACUACGUCGUAUCUACGCGACUAUCACAUGCACCCGAUCUUCGGAUGUUGUCGAGUACCGAGCAGCACAGCGGCCACCUCGCCCCUCUUUGCAGGUGCAUCAGCCGCGGCACGCCCCGCGCCCACGUAUGGAGGUACCGCCGAGCCCGAGGCCACCAUCUCCUAACCAGGCAGGAGGUUCUGGGUGGCAAAACCAGCAGCAGCAGGAGCCUACUUACGAGUAUUGGCAGCAUGCCGGUUUCGGCAUGGAGCAGCAAUUUCCCAUGCCUAACUUCGGGUGGCGUCCCCGUAUGGAUGAGCCAGAGGGUGAGGGACAUAUGUCGACGGGGUCCGGAUCACGAUCCUUCUGGUCCAGUGCUCACGAUCAGGACGAAACACAGCAGAGCUAUCAAGACCGGAUUUCAAGUCAACAACAAACUCCACCUCCGGAUCCCACGCAGCAUGAUCAAGCACGAGCAGGGGUACAUGCUUCCUCCCCGACAUCGCCAGCCACCUGUUCGUAUGUACUCGCCGUCACCUUUUCAGGCUCGACCGCCACCGAGGCGAGGUGGAGCGAGGGGCCGUGGUCAGUGAGAUGA